AUCUCUCAAGUUAAAUACUUUCUCCAAGUUCUAAAUUGACCCCGUAUGUUCUGUCUUUAGGCUAUGGACGCCCUUCUCCUCCCUCCUUCGCCGGAACCCGAAAAUCCAAUCCCCGAUCCGGCGAAUAAAAGGGCAAAUUAUCAAUCGGAUCACCUCCGCGGAGAACACAAUGACGAGACGAUGAAGAAGAAGAUGAAAUCAUCGACUAUAGAAAAGAGAAAGCUCAAGGGAAAGAUGAAAGAGAUUAUGAACAACGACGAAGCUUCUUCCUCUUGUUCUUCGUCUUCUACCUCUAACCUCAAUUCAACUAGAAGGGUUUCGCGCGUGGUUCAUAGAUUGCGGAAUCCUGCGGUUCGGUUAGGUAUGGCUCGACGAAGCGUUGGGGAACGACAAGCCGAAGCCUUGGCGCUUCCUCUGGGCAUGUCAUUUGCUGCUUUUGCCAAUCUGGUUCUUGAGAGAAAGAGUGCCGCAGGUCAGAAUGUAUAUGUUGACGAUCUUGCAAUGAUUUCUGCUUCCGCUGUCAAAGAAUCUCUAGCCAAUGUGUAUGGUAAUAAGCUGGGUUCCUUUGCGUCAAACUUUGAGAAAUCAUUUAACAGUACUCUAAGGAUCCUAAAAUUGAUCAAUGAAUCUGCAUAUCCGCAUCAGUUAGACAAGAAUAAUGUUGAGAGUUAUAACUUAGACCGUUGUACAAUAGACGGAUGCUCGGACAGCGAGCUAUCUGCAAAGGAGACUUUAUCUGCUAUGUCUGCUGAUGAAGCGAUUCAAGGCAGUGCAAGAACAAUCUCUUCGAUGAAUGAGAUUGUCCUGCACGGAGAGACUCGGCAACUCUCUGGUGUCUCGAGAAGCUCAGCGAUGCCAUUGGCCACAAUCGAAAGGUGGUCUUUAGAAGAGCAAGCACGAGGACACGACCUAAAGAGCAUGGAGAUGGACCUAAAGAAAAUGGAGAUUGGUCUUAGAAUGAGGAAAGUAAAGCUGAAAGAGACGGAGCUAGCACUGAGAUACGAAUCAAACAAUCUAGGGAAAUCGAAACUAGAGAUGGGUGUCUCGAAAGCUGCAUUUAGAGCCGAGAAAUUCAAAACCGAGUUAGAAGAUACAAGAAAAGCAGAGAUGGUGACAAGAAUCAUGGACUGGCUCGGUCUGAGUGUCUUCAUCAUGUUGUCUUCUAUGUUAUACGGCACUUGGGUCUUCUCACAGCAGAGAAUCAUGGAAGCAACCUCAUUAUGCAACCCAUCCGAAGAGAAAAGCUCUUCUUGGUGGGUUCCGAAACAAGUUUCAUCGUUUAACACAGAUCUGAACAUCUUCAUUUGCCGGGCUCGAGUUUGGGUUCAGAUAUUUUUCGGCGCCGUGAUGAUCUUCGUCUUCACAUACUUCAUAAUCCAACGGUCGUCAGGUGCAAAGCAGACAAUGCCGGUAACUUUCAUCGUUCUUUUCCUUGGGAUUGUUUGCGGUUUACCUGGUAAGUUGUGCGUGGACACAUUGGGGGGCAACGGUAAACUAUGGCUGUUUCUUUGGGAAAUGUUUUGCCUUUUGCAGUUCGUUGCAAAUGUCUUCACUUUGGCUUUGUAUCGUUUUAUUUAUGGUCCAAUGACUCUGACUCAAGGGACCAAUACGGGCCGUUGUAACACUAAGUUUCCGUAUUGGGCAAGACGUGUCGUAUUGGUGGUGAUUCUGUUGCUACUUCCAGUGAUCAACGGUCUUUUACCAUUUGCGACAGUUGGUGAGUGGAGAGACCAUUUCAUGUAUAAGUAUCUUGGUGUGUCAGCCUCUGAUGUUUGAGUCGAUUCCCUUUUUGUAAUAUUAUUGUAACGAUUUGGAUUUUUGAUAUAUAAAAACAUUUCAUCAU